CCGCCCCUAUCCGGGUCCAUUCAUGAGCGGCAGUUCAGCCAUCAUCAGUGUUUCUGUGUGCGGAUAACCACGUUAGUGUCGUGUGCUCAGUGAGGUCAGAGCCCACCAUGCCUGGACUGCUGCUGGGAGACGAGCUGCCGAACUUCGAGGCCGACACCACGACCGGAAGGAUCAAGUUCCACGACUUUCUGGGAGACUCAUGGGGCAUCCUGUUCUCCCACCCCAGGGACUACACUCCUGUCUGCACCACGGAGCUAGCGUGUGCCGCUAAGCUCGCAGACGAGUUCCAGAAACGGAACGUGAAGAUGAUCGCCUUGUCUGUCGACGGAGUUGAGGAUCACUGCGGCUGGAGCAAG